AUGAUUUCAUUUCAUUCCUCAAAAAUAGAAUCAGACUAUGUUAGGGAAGUAUUUAAUAAAUCUCUUAUGAACUUACAUUAACUAAAAUUGAAUAGGUUCAUUUUAAACUAUGGAAGUCCUAAAUUUCUGAAGAAAAGAAACAUCCAGUCAAGUAAUUUAAAUGAUGUUACAAAUAUUAAUAUCGGUUCAUAAACUAAUAUACUUAUAAGGAAAUAGAGUCAUUGUUCCUUUUAUAUAGGGUUUUUGAUAAAAUAUGUUGAGUUUAUUGUUGGUUAUUUUAUUCAUAAAAUUUGGCUGUUGAAUUUAUAAAACAAUGUUAUAAAUAUUUGGAACUUAGCCUGA